AUGUCGCCACAUGUCAAGCUGCCCUCUAUUCAAACGCUGAUUGCGUCGUUGGACCACCAACAGGACAAUGCCAAUAUUAAUACCAGUAGCGGUCAACAACAGCAACAGCUACAACAACACCACCAUCAACAACAAAUGCAAACGCAGAUGCAAUUUCCACAACAUAAUAUAGGGUCACGUGAUAACGGCGUGCUCACCAGGCCGGUUCCGGCUCUGCGGCUAUACGUGCCUACGCCGCCGGCAUCGGCCGCGCCCUCUGCGGUUCCGUCUGCGGCUCCGUCUGUGCCGUCGUCUGCAUCGUCGUCGUACUCUGCAGGCUCGUCUUCGUCGUCGUCGCUGUUCUCUUCGGUCGCGUCUGCGCCGUCGCCCGCGUCUUCGCCGGUCCCGGCCUCGGCCCCGGCCCCGGUCUCGGCCCCGGUCCCCGUCUCGGCGCCGUCCGGAACGACGCCCCGCCGCUCCAACCUGCCCAAAAAGACCGUAGAGAUACUAAACCAAUGGCUACUAACACAUCUUAACUACCCGUACCCAUCGCCACAGGAGAAACGCGAACUACUGCUCAAGACAGGUCUCAGCAAAGUACAAUUGAGCAACUGGUUCAUCAAUGUACGGCGUCGCAAGGUCUUUAGCGACUACUACCUGAUGUCGCGAUCGUCGUCGUCCAGCGAAACAGACGCGUCGUCGAUAGCCAAUACGGGAAGCACCACAACAACUUCCAAGGCUUUCCCUACUACCACAACCACAACGGUCGCGGCUACAUUAGCGGCUCCGGUACCCAAAGAAGCUGGCUCCUCUUUGCCGUCGGAAGUGACCGACAAACGCGUAAACGCGGCUAUACCACCGUUAACACGACGCAAGAAACUAAUUGAUCGUCUAGAAGAACUGAAACGUGCUUCGGCGCAGCCGUGA